CAUCAACAGAGCGCACCGAGAACACUCAAAAGCGCGAACGUGUGUAGAUCUUUCUCACUAUGGAUGCUCGGGGACAUUUGUGAAUAAUUACCGGAGUUUGAGACCUUGUAGAAGAGGAACCGUUUUCGUGGGAUUUCCUGUGGAGUCUCACUCUUAAAAAUACAUUUCAAGGGAAUUCGGUCUUCUCAGUGAAGGACGAAGUGCCGGUGUUUUCUCACGGCUCGGAGCAAAUUUACGCAUCUUAAAGACUUUUAAGACUGAUAAUCAUUUUGUGAAGACAACAGAAAAUGUUACUGUCCACAUUUGGAUCUUUUUCCCAUAUUUGCAGCACUACAAACAUCGACCACUUACCGGUGAAAAUUCAACUUCAAGCAGCCAAGAACGAACGGGAGCCUUUUGAGAAGGUCUACAAUGUGGGUUCGGUGCUGGGAAGUGGCGGUUUUGGGACAGUGUACGCCGGUACUCGGAUUUCAGACGCUCUCCCGGUUGCGAUAAAACACGUCGCUAAGGAGAGAGUCACCGAAUGGGGUACAUUUAAUGGGUCGCUGGUUCCACUGGAGAUUGUUCUGCUGAAGAAAGUGGGAAGUACCUUUCAGGGGGUCAUUAAACUCAUAGAUUGGUAUGAUAGACCCGACGGUUGGUUGAUUAUAAUGGAGCGGCCGGAGAUGGUGAAGGAUUUAUUCGACUACAUCACCGAGAAAGGCGCGCUGGAUGAGGACUCCGCCCGGGGAUUCUUCAGACAGGUUUUAGAGUCGGUUCGGCACUGCUACAGCUGCGGGGUCGUUCACCGGGAUAUCAAAGACGAAAAUCUCCUCGUUGAUUUAUGCAAUGGGGAUCUGAAACUCAUCGACUUCGGUUCCGGGGCGAUCCUCAAGGACACCGUCUACACUGACUUUGAAGGCACACGAGUUUACAGUCCCCCUGAGUGGAUACGUUACCACAGGUACCAUGGACGCUCCGCAACCGUGUGGUCUCUUGGCAUCCUGCUGUACGACAUGGUGUGUGGGGACAUCCCCUUUGAGCACGAUGAGGAAAUUCUGAGGGGACGUCUAUUUUUCAGGAGGAGAAUCUCUCCGGUGUGUGAACAGCUCAUCAAAUGGUGCCUCUGCUUGAGGCCAUCGGACAGGCCCACUUUGGAGCAAAUCUUUGAGCAUCAGUGGAUGCGUAUGGAAGCAGAUACCAAAACGAAGAAUGGUGACAUCAUGCUUCACACCAUCAGCACAGAAUCGAGCUCCAAUUCGAGCAAAGAAAGCCUUUGACAGCACUGGAGAUGCUGAGUGAACAGACUCUUGGCCCUUGUUUCCAGUCAGUUGGUUAUUGGGACUUUGUUGCAUAAUUGUUUUGUUUUUUUUUCUUGCUAAGGGUGAGUCAUUACCCACUGGGAUUGCAUUUAAGCAGCAAUGCUAGUAAUCCUAUUUUACUGGUUGCUCUUAUAGAGCUUGAACAUAAUUUUUCUUUUAGACUAUCUUUUUAGUUUUCUGUGCCUUUUUUGGAAAGCUGCUUUUAUGGGAAUCGAGUCAGGACACCAGGUGAAUUUUCAUGGAUUUUUGGGGAACUCCCCUGAAAUCAUGGGUAUGUUCCAAGGCUGUAUGUGGUGGAUCUCCGUUACCCUCUAGUGGUCGAAUACUUGAACUACACAUUUACUACUCUCUUUCACAGUAUCUCUCUGCUUCUCUGCCUUUCAUAUUUACUAUUUCAAUUUUUUUUUUUUUCCUUUUGGUAUUUUCUGAAUGACUUCCACUACUUCACCUCUGUUGACAUCACUCUCUAGCCCUUGUUUUGCAGAGGCUUGAGUGAUGUGCACAAUCAAUGCAAUAUUCGUGGACCCAUUUCUGUCUCUCCCGAUUCUUUUAUAAUUUUUUAAUUCAAGUAUUUGCAUUGUAUUUAUGUACAUUUUCUUCCAUGUAUCUUAUUUAUUCAUGCAAUACAAACAUUCCACAUGAGUAAUGUGGCUAUUUAUUUAUUUAUUCAGUUUAUACCAUCUGCAAAGAUUAAAUUGAAAUUAUUAAAUGUAAAAGUUCCCCUGGCUUCUCUUUAGUUUAACCUAAAUGAUCAUAAACAUGCUAAAGCUAUCUAAUACUGAUACAAAUAUAUGACAGAUGUUUAGUGAUACCAUUCUUAUGUAGUGUAAAAUUUAGUAUCAGUUUAUUCUCCAUGUGAAGUGGAAGUAAAAAUGUGUUUUAGUCCUUCCACUGUGACUGGAACUUUUUUUUUUUUUUUGAACUGGUGAAACAUUUAUUUUUUAUAUUU